AUGACAAACCUCGAUGCGAAAAAGGGGUGUAUUCUUGGAAGUCAGCGGUUCAGAACCAUGAAGCAUGCCCUUAUUUUGUUAGGCGCCGUGGCUUGCUCUUUGGUCAGCAAGGCUCUGACAGACCCAAACGCGUGUGGACAUGGCUUGCGAGUUAGGUACCCCAGAACACAGUCAGGGCUUAUAAACCUCAACAGCGAGAGUGGAAAUGAGUGGUGCGCCAAGAACUGGGAGCCGAUCCCUGAAGAUUGGGCUACCGGACAGUCAACCUGGCCGCUAGGGCGACCACUGCCUGGCGAUCUCGUCGAUGAAGGCAAACUACUACUUUUCAUGAAGACGGAGGUCAUAAGUCGAGCACCCUGGAGAAGGCCUCGACUUCAGAAGCAGAGGAAACGCCGCUUGGAUGCUGCUGUGGCAGUAGGACAAGUUGUCGCCGCGAAACGGCGCCGGCGCGAGGAGAGCGAGACCAUCGAAGUCGCUACUGCUCCGGCGGCAGCGGUAGAGACCAAGGUCGAGGAGGAGGACGAGCCCUUGAUCGCUGCGCCGGCUCUCGAGCUCGCCUACAACUCCGUGCGUAUAUAUAUCGCAGCGAUACAGAGGCUGUAUGACGAGCAGAAAAGCCGGCACAUUAACCCCGCGCCUCGGCCACAAGGGAUAGCUCUUAAAGCUCUGAAGAAGAGUAUCCUCGCCGUCGUCUGGGCUCGCAAGCGCAAGGAGUAUUCGGACCGUCUCGAAGGGACGAUCAAAGACACUUAUACAAAGGCACAAAUUCCGCGACACCACGAGGUUGCGUGGCGAGAAGACAGUGGCGAGAUCUCGUGCCUUUUCCGGACACAGGUGGACUUUCUGUUUGGCAACCACAUGCUCCUCCGGCAGAGCAAUCGCCGGCCCAUGGAGCUCCCUGACUGCUUUCGUCUAGAGCUGCCCAACGAGGGCCAGAAGUCGAAAGAAUUUCCAACGUAUGCCCUCGUCGUCGUCAUGAACCAGGGCAAGACGAACCAGCACGGCCGGAUGGAGUAUGGCGCGGCUCUACGGCACCGCGACGCCCGUUGCUGCCUUGUCAGCGCAUUAGCCUUUUAUCUCUUUUGGCGUUGGCAGGUCGAGCAAGUAGAGCCGUUUCCCACCUUCCAGUGCAGCGAGGACUGGUACGAUAUCAAGGUCUUGCGCCGGUCGGCAAAGGAAGCGACGAAGGAGCUUUCGGCUCAGACCGCAAAUUCGUGGACGUCGAGGCUGUACGCCGCCUGUGGCAUCAGGACUUCUAAGAUUUCACAUGCUCCUCGGGUUGCAGCGGCACAAAACGCCGACAUGGACGGAGUAUCAGAAGGACAAAUACGGCGCGCGGGUAGAUGGAAUAACGGUGACCAGUUGACAGGGUGUUACCUGACCAGUUUACCCUUUGAGUUUAUGAGGUCUACGGCUGACUUUGACCCCGACUGGUCCGGGUCAUACUUCCUACCGCGGGACACCGUCAAGCCGCCAUUCGAGCUUUGUGCACGCAUCUGGCCCUCUCUCGACAGGUGGAAAGAGAUAUACAAUACAGGAUCUUCGAACAUGGAAACGAACAAGGCUACCGGCGCGUUUUUCGAGCUUCUCGACUGGUUCCGAGAGGUGUUGCUACAGGACGCCGUCUUCCUCCAGAAGCUAUACCCCCGGCAUCCUCUAUUUCAGGACCCGGUCUUCCAAAGCCCACAGUUUGCAUCGUUCGCACUGCAGGUCGAGAACGCCUGCCACGCGGCCGAGGAAGACAGUUAUGUGGCCACCAUUGAUCGAGCCAUCCCCGCCGUCGCCGAGAAGCUACGCGCCCUAUCGAGCCAACAGACUGCCGCGAACCUCUGGACCGAAAGGGCGUUUGUCGAGCUUAGGGAGCAGGUUCAAAGGCUGGAGAAGAAGAUGGAGGAGCUUGCCAAAGCCUCAUACACCAUUACGAUCAGCCCGGGGCGGAGUACCGUCACACAACGGGUCGGGAUGCCAAAGCGUGGGCGGCCAAGGGCGCCGGGCCGCGCGCCGACGGCGACGGCAAUGACAACGGCGCCACGAGAUGACAGCACCGCUCCCGUUCCACCAUCUUCUUCCAACGCAGCAGAGGCAGAGUGCGGGGCCGUUCUGCAGCCUGAUACAGCGACUCGGCUGCCGUUGCCACCAGUCGCGCCCAGCGUGCCCAGCGUGCCCAGCGUGCCCAGCGUGCCCAGGUUUGAGGUCCCUUUGGAUAUUCGACGUAUCCCGGAUUUGUGGCACUUAUGGAGGUAUGGGAGGGCUGGCAUGCCUUCAGUAGAGUCACUAGAGGCCAGGUAUGGCGCUGCUUGGCGCCCCAAGUCGCAGAAGUCCGUCUUCUGCGGCCGGAAGGCAAUUGUGGACUUCAUUCUGCGCAAGUCGCGCGAGCGGGACGGCCUGCAGAGCGCGGCCGAACACGCACCACGCGUUAUUGCGCAAAUGGAGGAGCUGUGCCCCAAAUGGUCCCUCGACAAGGUGACGAAAGCUAUCAAGAACGGGGAUCUGGAGCGGAGAUGGCCGGCGGAGGCGUGA